AUGGAGCUCUUUAUGGACAGCACAGUGCUAGGAAGGAAAGAGCUGAAAGCUGCAGGCGGCUCAGGCCUGGGGAAGGACCCGGCGAGUCCGAACACAAACGUAACUCGCACGACCCGCAGAAAGACAGACCGGUCUGACAGCGCUAACGGGGACAGAGGAUUUAUUGACGAAGCUAAAAUUCCGCCCGUGGGCGUUUCCAAAGCCUGUUCAUCGUGUGUAAGAACCGCUGGUGUUAAGGAAGCAUGUACACAGUGCGACCAGUUUGUCUGCCAGAACUGCAGCAGGCUCUGCAGCUACUGUAACACACUUACCUGUUCUUUGUGCUCCACUAUUGAUUACGGUGAUGUGGGAGAGCAAGUUCUCUGCAAUGGCUGUUCAAUAUUUCCAGUCUGAAACUUGAUGAAUUAUCUUUAUGGCUGAGAUGUCCAUAAUUUCAUGAAGUCUUCUUCUUAUGGCUGAUCAGUUAAUCCUUUUAGCAUGUGAAUUAAUUAUGGAAUUUCUAUGUUUUAUAUCUGUACAUUGUACUUUUUAAUAUUGUAGCUAAAUAAACUUUUAUAUUUUGA